AUUUCGCUCUGUUUUUUGUUGCAGAAGCAGAAACAAUGGUGAAACGAAUGCGAAGCUCCAAAUCAAUCUGCUGCUGCGCCUCUCCUCGCUUCUCCUUUCUCAAUCCUCAUUCCACUUUCUCCUGGUACGAGGAUGAUGUGUGGACUGAAAUUGCCAAAUACUUGGAUGGGAAAUCUCUGGUAAUGCUCGCAAUAACAUGCCGGUGGUUUUACCAAAUUAUCAUGGAGGAGAGCAUAUGGAAGUUUGCCUGUUUGCGAGAUCUUCAGGUCCCUGAUCCUGGAGGCGUGGCUUUCACAUGGAUUGAGCUCUAUGCUUCAGCUUUCGAUGGAAGUCACUCUUUCAUGUUCCGUCAACAGGAGAAACAUAUCGAUUGGAUGCGAAUUGGAGCAUUUUUCUUUGAUUCCCCAGUUGCAUUCUUGACGGAGAAGCUGAUCCCUCCAGUGAAAAUUCCACAUGAAGAGACCAUAGAGAAAAUGUUGCAAUUGAGCGGCUCUUGCGUGUUGAACAACAUUAAAACUGGAAUCUGGAUAGCAGAUUUACAGCUUGUUCGAUGCCCUGUAUGUGACCUCAAUACAUGCGAUGGAACAAUGCAGACAUUGGAUGCGAGGCAUAUAGAGCUGUUCUUGAGCAAGGGAUACCAGGACGAGAGUUGGGAUUACAAUUUGUUAGGAUCUCAUGAGAUCAAAAAACAUGCUGAUGGAGCUUCCGGUGGCAUUUUUGACAUUAAACAUAUCAGAGAUCUCUCAACCUCUGAGGUGUUUGAUCUCAAGUCAUGGGCGGGGAAACCCAGGGACUGGCAACCAAAAGCCAUGAUAACUCUUCAUGCAGUAGCAGUCAACACCAAUUUACAGGAAAAUGAAGGACUACACAUAAAAUACCAUGCCAUGAGAGCUGGAGCUGAUGGAGAAGUUGUUUCGAUUCGGAUCUCUCAGCAGCUCCAGUAAUUUGUGCCCAAAUUCUGGCCCUCUCUCUCUCUUUUCCACGGUGGGAAAUUAGAAUUUUCUUUCUUUUUCUUUUGAAUUUUGCUAUUCAGAUCGAAUAUUAAUACUUAACCAAAUAAAUCAAGUUGGUGUAGUUGCAAUCAGUGUAAUAACUUCAUAAUAACCCCUUGCGGAAAAAAAUAAAAUAAAUAAAUUCAGCGAUUUUUACUUCCUCUUUGCAUACGCAGCAGUGCACCUG